AUGACGCUUAACGAUACACCAAGCCCUAGAGAUAAGGAAGGUCAUGGUAGUCUCACUCUAUCAACAGUAGGAGGGAGUUUAUUUAGUGAUGCAAGCUUGAAUAGGCUAGCAAAUGGAAUUGCCAUGGGACUAGCACUCAAAGCACGACUUUUUGCUUACAAGGUUCAUUGGUCAAGAGCUGCUAGCGACAUGGAUGUAUUAGCUGCUUUUGAAGCUGCCAUUGAUGAUAAUGUUGACAUUAUCAAUCUUUCUGUGGUUAGGGUAGAACGAGAGUUUCUGGAUUCAUUUGUUGUUGGUAGUUUUCAUGCUAUAAAAAAUGGUAUCCUUACAAUUGUAUCAGCUGGGAACACAGGACCUGCUCUUGGGACUGUUUUAAACGUCUACCCAUGGGCGUUAACAGUUGCUGCCAGCACAAUUGAUAGAAAGUUCUAUCUAAUCUCUUACUUGGGAACAAUAUAA